UACAGUUUUGGGGACACGUGAGGCCUUGACUGCUCCACUGGCAACCGUAAACCGUUUGAAAUUCUCACGCAUUGCGCCAAAAGCGUUUAAGCUUUGAAACCGUAUUUGAUUGCACCUGACACAUGUCAUGUGUAACUAAGGAGUCGCCACCAACCAACAGAGGCAACAACAACAAUAAUAGCAACAACAACAACAACUACAGUGGUACCUGUCGCACAACAACAACACUGGUAAGAGACCGGAAAGGAGGGGAAAUCACCUGGAGAGCAACAAGCGGAAACUGCGGUCUGAUGAAUAUCCCGCAGUGAAAUGCACUGAAAUUGUCUCCCAAAUAAGGUGGGGGGUGAUUAAAUGCAGCUG